CUGUGUCAGGUUUCAGGUUGGCAUGUGGUCCUCUCUCUCUCUCCCUCUCUCUCUCUUGUUGUGCUCUCCGAGAAAGCCCGCCCAAUCAACAACGACAUUAAACACACAUUGGAGAUAUAUCCAAGCCUUUGGGUUCGGUCACUCGACGCGUCAUCUCCGGUCACGACCUCAAGCGGGUCGGCGAUCCCCGGCCGCACGCCGUCGUGCGGGUCGACGUGACCGGCCGCGAGAGCCCCACCCGGAACCACAGUUUCGUGUUCGUGAUCGGAGACAUACUCGAUCUACAGCCGGUGGUUGCAGUGGCGUUGGAUGGGCCGCCUUAUCGGGUCAUGAGUGGCGAUGGUAAUGCCUCGGUGGAUUCAACCUCGCAGAAGAAGAAGGGAAGAGGAAGAAGAACCGAUGGAUGGUUGACAACACUGCUUGCAGGCGUGCGUUGCGAUCGUUUAUAUUUAGGUUGAAAGCGAAGCACAAAUCGAUUGGAGUUGGGUAUUGUUGUUCGUCGAUCACCAGUUUUGUCGCUGCAGCUCCAGUGUUUGCUUUCUUCCACUUGGGCACCUUUUCCGUGGACGGUCUAAAAUUUUGUCCACCACCUAUUUGAUGCAAUGCUCCUCACUUUCUCUCUCCGUCUCACUCCCCAUUCAAUGCAGUUCCUGAGCAGACCCACCCACCUCCCCCCAAAAAGGCUAACCCUUCCUUCCCCCUUCCCUCCCCUUCCCUCUCCUCUCCUCUCCACAAUGCCACUGCCGCUCCUCUCCGCCGCAACAUGUCCACUCACGCCUCCCCCGGCGGCGCCGCCUCCUCCUCCUCGUCCUCUUCCCUCUUCACGACCCUCAGUUUCUCCUUCGCUAUUGCCGUCUCCCUCGGCCUCCUCUCCGCUCUUCUCGUCGUCUCCUACAUCUGCUGCCGCCGACGACCCCAGAACCCCGGUUCCGCCCCGGGCCCGAUCCCCGCCGAAGGCGUCCUCCAGCGACACAUCAUCUUCGUCGCCGAGGACGACGACGGCGAGGACAGCGAGGGCGGCGGCCGGGCAUCGGGGCUCGAUCAGGCGGCCAUCAGCUCGUACCCUAAGUUCCCGUUCUCGGCGGCCAAGGGUGGGGAUACCGUCUGCUCGAUCUGCCUUUGCGAGUACCGGGAGGGGGAGAUGCUCCGGAUGAUGCCCGACUGCCACCACUACUUCCACCUCCUCUGCAUCGAUGUCUGGCUCCGGCUCAACGCGUCCUGCCCGGUCUGCCGGACGUCGCCAUUGCCCACGCCGGUGUCUACUCCAAUCUCAACACCAUUGUCAGAGCUCGUCCCGCUCUCCCAGUUCGCAGCUGACCGCAGGAGGAGGAGCUAAAGCUUUUGCAAAAUAAUCAGCAGAGGACAUAUCUAAGAAAGGUCAGUUUGCUCAAAGUUGGUGAAAGUUUAUCCUUCAAAACAUCAAGAUGCCUGGCUGUUUUCCAGUGGGCCUAUGCUGCUUAAAUUGUAUCUGAUGGUAUAUGUGAAAUCCAGUAUGGGCUUUGUUGAACAUCCCAGUGGAAAUAUGAUUUAGAAACAUAUGGGCAGCCUAAGAUGGGCGUUUUAUAGGAGAUGUUUUCCCACUGCCUAUUUUCCCACAAAAUUUGGGGCCCCAUAAUUGCUUUUAUGAGAUCAAUCAUACAAAGGUUGCAGAAAUAGGGAAAUGUGGCUUCCAGUCUCUCUUUAUUUUGUCCUAUGUGCUUUUUAGAAAACUAAACAUAUAUGGUGGGAUAUUGCAGGACUCUAGACAACAAAUUUCCUCCUUUUGUCCUCUCUGAUGGUUAGUCAUAUAUUAUGUUCAUGCUGUUAGAUAAUUUUUAGUCAUGUAUGGCUUUUACCCUCCAGUUUUUCCAUUAAUAGUAAGUAUUUGCUUAAUUUUCUGUUAAACUGGUCUUAACUGCAGCAUUUUGCUAUGGGAUAGUGUAGCUGUCUUGUAUUUGUAUUUUUCAUGUGUGAAUUUUCCCCUAUAACAAAAAUAUUAAAAAU